GCAGAUGAGAAUUAUUUAUUCCGUCUAGGCUGAAAAAUUUUGGAAAUUUUGAACUUCAAAAUUUGAAAGUAUUUUAUAGUUUCGCAAAGGAAACUUUACACUUCACGGGUGAUAAGUGGUUAUCAAGAGGAGGAAGAGGUGGGGAAAGAUGGCAGGCAACUUUUGGCAGAGUUCUCAUUGGCAGCAAUGGAUUCUGGAUAGAUGGGACGUAGUCCGUGACAGGCAAGGGGAUUUGUCACUAUUGACGGAGGAAGAAUACCAAAAAAUUUUAAUAUUCUUUUGCAGUUUCAUGCAAUCCUUGGGAGAAUCAUUAAAAUUAAGACAGCAAGUUAUAUCAACAGCGAUCGUUUAUUUUAAAAGAUUUUACGCACGAAAUUCUUUAAAAUGCGUGGACCCAUUAUUACUCGCACCGACAGCGGUUUUCUUGGCUUCUAAAGUUGAAGAAUUUGGAGUUAUAUCGAAUUCAAGAUUGGUCCAGACGUGUCAUCAAGUUGUGAAGAACAAGUUUAACUACGCAUACAGCCAGGAAUUUCCCUACAGAACGAAUCACAUUUUAGAAUGUGAGUUUUAUCUCUUGGAGAAUAUGGAUUGUUGCCUCAUUGUUUAUCAACCUUAUCGACCCCUCACACAAUUCAUCCAGCAAGAUUUGGGGCAUGAAGAACAAUUACUUCCGACGGCUUGGAGAAUGGUGAAUGACAGUUUGAGGACAGAUUGCUCACUUUUAUACCCGCCGUAUCAAAUCGCAUUAGCCUGUUUACAAAUGGCGUGUGUCGUAAUGCAGAAAGACUGCAAAGCCUGGUUUGCCGACUUGAACGUGGACAUGGAAAAACUUCAAGAAAUUAGCAGAUACAUUCUCAGUUAUUACGAUUUGUGUAAAAAUUACGAUGAAAAGAAGGAAAUCAAGAUGAUUUUGGAUAAAAUGCCAAAACCAAAAUCGCAACCGAGCAGUUAAUGGUUGGUUAAAACAAACAAGGCAAACGUAUGUUUGUUGUUGCUGUUCCAGACCUCCAUCGUCAAUGGGCGAUCCGUCUUCUUCCGACCAGCAAAAUCAUCAGAAUCAAAUGACACUCAACACGGGAUGACUAUAAUAAGCAUGAAAAUUGAUACGAGUCGUGCUUUCUCCACCCACCUCCCUUUCCCAAAGAUUUCAAAAACUACGGUGCCUGAUGAUGAUGAUAUUUUCGAGGGUUAACUGGUGACAUUUCGAUCUAUUUUACAUAAUAAUAUAUUAAAACCUAAACGUGUUACCGAGUAGCUGAUUUAUAAUAACCGAUAUGUAUUUGUGGUGUUCUUAAAAAAAUUAAUUUACUUGUUAGCAUAAUUUUUAAGAACAGUUGUUUCAAUUUAGUUUUCAUACAUUAAAGUUAUUUUCUUUAUUUCGAACUUGAAAUAAAGUAAUCGUAAUCUCCAAAA